CAUUGAUUUUCUUGAUUCGCCUGGAUAUUGAUUAUUGCUUUGUGCAAUUUGAAUUUCCCAAGGAAAUUGUAAACAAAUCGGUCGUGGAGCUCCUUAUAAUCUUCCUGUUUUUCUCUACAGAUUUUUAUAUUAAAAACAUUUAUUAUUUCAAUUAGAAAAGGCGGGAAUUAAACUAUUCCCUUACCACUUUAACCUUAUAUACACCUGAAUAUUGGGGAUAUUAUUUAUAAUGUCCAGAUCAAUUCGAGCAGAGACCCGAAGCCGGGCAAAAGAUGAUAUUAAGAAAGUAAUGAACAACAUCGAAAAGGUCCGACGAUGGGAAAAAAAAUGGGUUACCAUAGGUGACACAACCAUGAAAAUUUUUAAGUGGGUACCUAUGCACAACAGUGAUUGUAAGAAAAUAAAACACAGAGAAAACAAAGAAAACUUUGCGAGGAAAACUCUGGCUCCUCCAGCGGUGGAUACUUCAAACUCUAAUUCCAACUUUAGUUUAGCUGAGGACUCAAAUACCUGUUUUUCAACUGUAAGUGAUUCCCAAGGCCCUACUGAUUUUUCUUCUUCACACAUGGCAUUUUCCGAUGAUUCUAAUUCACAAGGAAGUGAACAGCUGCAUGGCGUAAAGAGGCUAAAGACUGAUUAAGGAAAAUAAUAAAUGUAGUUAGUGUUUACAUUAUUUAGUAGUUAGAUUUAACUUCUCUAAAUGUAGAGGAUGUCCAUUUCUUAUUAAAAUUAUGUCACAAUAAGCAAAGUGAAAGUAACAUUUCUGUUGAAAAGUCAAGUAGUUACUAAUAAGUCAUGGCAACAAUUUUAAGCUUAUAUAAUUAUCAUAUAAGGGACAUCCCAAGUAUAAAAAUAUUUAGACAUUAUGUGUAAUGAGAAGAUACCCUUCCCUGAUCUGUAUAUAUGGUUUAUUUAUGCCUAUGGUAUAGUUUAUUUUAUAAUUUCCACUUUAUACUUAUGUAAGGAGACUUAUUCUUAAGGUUAAAAUAGAUGUGAAAAUUUCAAGCUUUGUUUUAAAUACCUACUUUGAUCAAAAAAAUACAUGAGUAAAUCUCAAGA